CAUGGCAACCGCUUUCCGCCCGCUGAUUGGAUGCGCGGGGCAAUAAUGGGCGUGGAUCCGACGACCUCCUCGCCUACGGAUUGGCUGCCAGUAUUCAAGAUGGCGGCAGAGGAGCUUCCCGCCUCAGCGGAAUAGCGGCGCACCAAGAUGGCUGGGAUCCGCCUUCGCCACCUGCAGCUAAGAUGGCGGCGUGCGAGAAGCGGCGGGCGGCGGCCACCCCGACCACGGCGGCGGGCAGCGGGCUGGGGGACGAGGAAGAGUUCCUGCUGCAAGCUGACGUCACCGCCAUGGUGCGGGAGGCGCUGCUGAAGGUGCUGGAGGCGCGGCCCGAGGAGCCCGUCUCCUUCUUGGCCGACUACUUCGAGCGGUUGGUGCUGGGCAGCUCCGGCGCAGCGGGCGAGGCGGCCGCAGAGCUCUCGGGGCCGAUGCAGCGCCUGUCCCGGGCGCUGUGGUACGUGCGGCUGGCUCACCACUCCCACAGGACGGCGUUCAACAACAACAUCAGCACGGCCUAUGAGGUGCUGGGCGCCGGCGGCCGGCGGCGGAGGCUGGGCGUGGAUGGGCGGCUGUACAGCGAGCUGCUGCGGCGCAUCUGUCAGCACGGGGACGCGCCCCAGGAGGUGGCUGCUGCGCUGCUGCGUCGAGUGCAGUGCCGGGACCACGAGGCCGUGCCCUUCGACAUCUUCCGUUACGGCGUGCUCACCUGCUUUGUGCUGCUGGAGUUUGUGAGCAAGGCGCAGAUGCUGUAUGAUGUCCUGGAUAGCGGUGCGGGUGUGGCGGACAAGAGCGUCUGCCAGGCUGUCCUGUGCACGCUGGAGGAGGCGCUGGGAGCCAGCGGGCUCUCCGUGCCCGUCCGCUAUCUGGAGGCAGGCUCCAGGCUGGGGCCAGACUGCUUGGCCUUGGCCAUGGACCGGGCACUGCAAGAGAGGAAACUCAGCACCACUAUGAGCAGAGAGGAGUUCCUGAAGAAAGCCUCGGCCUUAUUCGUUGCAAAAGUGAAACCCGUUGAGUAACAUCCUGGUGGGAACAACAUUCGCUGGAUUCCCUAAGUGUUUCACACAGCACUUUGUGUUGAGGAGAGGGCUCUACUCCCUGAAACUGGCUGGGCAGCGAGGCUCGGGUGAGCAACUCAGGCACUGCGUGGUGAGCCCUGAGUAUGCUUGAUGAGAGACUGCUGAUUUCCAUGCUCCAUUUCUUGCUCUGAGCACUACUAGUGCCCACUCACCUCUAGUGCUUGAUGUUCCCAUGUCCUGGUGUGCCUCUCCUGAAUGUAGCUCCUCUGUUUCCAGCUGACAACAGUAAGCCUUUGUUAGGCAUUAAGUGGGAAUUGUAAACUGUAGGGCAGUUUUAGUAAUUAAAAACAACCCAGAGUCAACUGACUAUGGGUCUGGAUCUCCAGCUAUCCCAUGGUGCCGUUCUAGCCCUGACAAUGUUGUGUUUGUGCAGCUUCAGUGGGGAGCUUUGUCUCUACUUUUGAGUUGGUUUCAUCCCUACCUGUGAAGUAGGGGAUGAUGCUUAUCUACCUUGCAGCCUACCUAGCAUGAGGACUCACAGGUAAACAUUGGGUUGAUAGGAAGUUUGAGAUAAAGCAUUACUUGUUAGGCAAAAUGUUUUCAAUGCCCAGCAGAUAAGUGGCUGGCUGAGAGGAGCUGCUUGCUGGUGCCAUGCUGUAAAGCUGUCAGCAAGCAGCUGCUCUUGCCCUUUCCUUGUUCUGUGUUUACCAAACCGCCUCCAGCUCUGUAAUCCAGAUGCUGGAGAUGAAGGCUCAUACUCGAACAGUGAUUUUUCCCAAGCAAAACUGUGGAGCGCUGCUGAUGUGGGACUUUGAAUGCCAGAAGACGACAAAAACAAACUUCUUUCCUUUAGGGGCCACUUUGCUUCGGAGGUGUGGUGAGCAGUAUGAGUAUUUAUUUGAACUUACUUAUUUUAAUUAUGCUGUGCGAUAAUCGAUUUACUGUAAAGCAUUAAAGCUUUUUCUUAUUUUUA